UACGAUGGCAAGAACAUGGCUCUGUUUGAGGAGGAGAUGGAUACCAGUCCGAUGGUCUCCUCUCUGCUCAGCAGUCUGGCUAACUAUUCCAACCUGCCGACGGGCAGCAAAGAGCACGAAGAGGCUGAGAAUGUUGAGGAGGGAGCACGUCCGUCUAAAAAACCUGUCACGGCUCCACAGCUUGGCACUCUGAUGGGAGUGUACUUGCCGUGUAUCCAGAAUAUUUUUGGCGUGAUCCUCUUCCUGCGGAUGACCUGGAUGGUCGGGGUUGGAGGCGUCUUUGGCUCCUUCAUAAUUGUCUUCAUGUGUUGCUCCACAACAAUGCUCACAGCCAUUUCCAUGAGUGCCAUCGCAACAAAUGGAGUCGUUCCGGCUGGAGGUUCAUAUUACAUGAUCUCUCGCUCCCUGGGGCCAGAGUUUGGUGGAGCUGUUGGGAUCUGCUUCUACUUAGGCACCACUUUUGCCGGUGCCAUGUAUAUUCUUGGCUGCAUUGAAAUUCUGCUGAUUUACAUCAUUCCUCAGGCAGCCAUCUUCAAGAUCGAGGGCCUUGAGGGUCCAGAGGCAGAGGUUGCUCUCCUGAAUAACAUGCGGGUGUACGGCACCAUUGUACUGAGCUUCAUGUCACUGGUGGUGUUUGUUGGCGUGAAAUAUGUUAACAAGCUAGCGCUGGUCUUCCUGGCCUGUGUUAUUCUCUCCAUCCUGUCUGUCUAUGCUGGAGUCAUCAAGACCGCCAUCGACCCCCCUGUCUUCCCCGUCUGCCUUCUGGGAAACCGCACUCUUCUCUCUAAAAGCUAUGACAUCUGUGCAAAAGUCAUCGAAAUAGACAAUGACACCGUGACCACCAAACUGUGGAGGUCCUUCUGUGAUUCUGACUCCCUCAAUGCCACUUGUGAUGACUACUUCAUCAACAACAACGUCACAGAAAUACAGGGCAUCCCCGGGGUCACUAGUGGCAUCCUGGCAGAAAAUCUAUUUGGUAACUACCUGGAAAAAGGGAUGUUACUGGAGAAACGUGGCAUUGCAGUAGAUGUGGAUCCAGACAGUCCCACAACCAACUCCAACCGCUACGUCCUGGCUGACAUCACUAGCUUUUUCACCCUGCUGGUGGGGAUAUACUUUCCAUCUGUCACAGGUAUCAUGGCAGGUUCCAACCGCUCUGGAGACCUGCGUGAUGCUCAGAAGUCGAUACCCAUCGGCACCAUUGCAGCCAUCACCACCACAUCAACUGUGUACAUUUCCUGUGUGGUGCUGUUUGGUGCCUGUAUAGAAGGAGUAGUACUACGAGACAAGUUUGGUGAAGGCGUCAAUGGUAAUCUAGUGAUUGGGACUCUGGCAUGGCCGUCUCCAUGGGUCAUUGUGGUUGGCUCUUUCUUUUCCACCUGUGGAGCGGGGCUUCAGAGUCUGACUGGAGCUCCACGUCUCCUACAGGCCAUCUCCAGGGAUGGCAUCAUCCCAUUUCUUAGAGUGUUCGGACAUGGCAAAGCCAACGGGGAGCCUACCUGGGCCCUGCUGCUCACAACUAGCAUCUGUGAGAUUGGCAUCCUCAUUGCCUCUCUGGAUGCAGUCGCACCCAUCCUCUCCAUGUUCUUCUUGAUGUGCUACAUGUUUGUCAAUCUUGCCUGCGCGCUGCAGACUUUACUGAGGACACCAAACUGGAGGCCGCGCUUCAAAUUCUACCACUGGGCUCUUUCUUUCCUGGGAAUGAGUUUGUGCCUGUCACUCAUGUUCAUCUGUUCCUGGCAUUAUGCAAUAGUCGCCAUGGGCAUCGCCACCUGCAUCUACAAAUACAUUGAGUUCUGUGGAGCUGAGAAGGAGUGGGGCGAUGGGAUACGUGGCAUCUCUCUGAGUGCUGCACGAUUUGCUCUCAUGAGGCUGGAAGAAGGUCCGCCACACACCAAGAACUGGAGGCCUCAGCUCCUGGUACUGGUGAGUGUGGACGCUGAGCAGAACGUGGAGCAGCCUCGUCUGCUGUCACUGACCAAUCAGCUGAAAGCAGGGAAGGGUCUCACCAUCGUUGGCACCUCAGUCCAAGGAACCUUCCUCGACAACUAUACUGAGGCUCAGAGGGCAGACCAGUCUUUGCGUAAGUUGAUGGAGACAGAGAAGGUGAAGGGCUUCUCUCAGGUGGUCAUCUCCUCUAAUCUGAGAGAUGGGACGUCCCACCUGAUUCAGGUUGGAGGUCUGGGAGGUCUCAAGCACAACACUGUGAUGGUCAGCUGGCCUCGUAACUGGAAACAGCCUGAUUACCACCAGCAAUUUAGGAACUUCAUCGAGGUGGUUAGAGAGACAACUGUGGCCAGUAUGGCCUUGCUGGUUCCUAAGAACAUCGCCAGCUACCCAUCCAAUGGAGAGCGCUUCACUGAAGGCCACAUAGAUGUGUGGUGGAUUGUCCACGAUGGAGGCAUGCUGAUGCUUCUGCCCUUCCUGCUGCGCCAGCACAAGGUGUGGAGGAAGUGCAAGAUGCGCAUUUUCACUGUGGCUCAGCUGGAUGACAAUAGUAUUCAGAUGAAGAAAGACCUCAUUACCUUCCUCUAUCACCUGCGUAUUGAUGCUGUAGUGGAAGUGGUAGAGAUGCAUGACGGUGACAUCUCAGCCUACACCUAUGAAAAGACACUGAUAAUGGAACAGCGCUCACAGAUCCUCAAACAGAUGCAUCUGACCAAGAAUGAGAAGGAGAGAGAGAUCCAGAGCAUUACAGAUUCAUCCCGUGGGUCCAUCCGACGUAAAAACUCGACUGCUGUGCGCCCCCAUCACAGCGCUGAGGAAGGAGCCAGCGUGGCAGAAAGACCAGAAGAGGAGUCUGUGGCUGUCUCCAACAUAAAACAGGUUCAGCUGAUCCACAGUAAGAACACAUCCACACCUACCAGCCCCACGUCCCCCACUGCGCCUGCAGGGGGAGCUGCCACCUGGACAGACAUCAAGUGUGCAGACAAAGGGAGGAACAUGACAGCAACGAACCUGGAGACGGGCAAAGACCUCUUCAACAUGAAACCGGAAUGGGAGCACUUGAAUCAGACAGAUGUGAGGCGCAUGCAUACAGCAAUGCGACUCAAUGAGGUCAUCAUGAAGAAGUCCAAGGAGGCUAAACUCGUCCUGCUCAACAUGCCUGGACCACCCAAGAACCGUGUUGGCAUUGAAAACUACAUGGAGUUCCUCGAGGUGCUCACUGAAGGUCUCAACCGGGUCCUCCUGGUGCGCGGAGGUGGACGUGAGGUCAUCACCAUCUACUCCUGAAGGGCUUUGAAGGUCUUUAAACGGACUCUGCCCUCUCCUCCCCCCAGCUUUGUGUCAUUCUAGGAAAGCCCUCCUGUCACCUGUCACCACGUGUUUUCCUGGUGACAUCUACUCAUGUGGACCUCGCUGUAUCUGUUACCUUUUAACCGUUAGAGUACAUGAAAGUCAUGUAACAGUCGCCUCUCUGUUCUUGACUUGUCAGCUGAUAGCAGCAGAUGAGAUAAUGGUUAGUUCUGAUGCUUUUCACUUAGUCACAUUAAAUGGAAGGUUUUCAGCUAUUUCUCUCUUCCUACUGGUGUGUUUUUAUCAUCUUUCUGUCCUUUUGCGUUUAUUCCUGGUCAUUUGUAAAUGAAGAGUUGUUUUUUUCUAUUAUUUAUUAUUGAUGUUAUUUAUGUAUUUAUUCAUCUAAUCAUGUCUGUCUUGUCUGUCUGGUCUGUUCUUGUCUUUAAUUGUAUGUUUAUAAGCACACAGGCAAUGAGAGAAGAGUUCAUUCACAGUGGAAAUAUGACAACAACAAUGGUAUCAUAGCUGGCCAGCAGGGAUUUAUCUGUUUGUUUGCUCGUCAGACAUUAAAGUCAAAAGAAAUCAUUUGAUGCAGAUUAUCAUGAUCCCAAACCUGACCUCAUUAUCCUCAGAGCUACACAGGAAUCAUAUAGAUUGAAUGGACUCAGUGACAUGCUGCAAUACAAUAUGAAUACAGCAUGGACUCAGCCCUUGAAUUCAUAUUGUAUUGCAGUAUUCACUAAUCGUUUGAUAUUUAUUACUUUCAGUCAUCUAGUCAUGUUUCUCAGCAAGCCCAGAAAGCCCAGAAAAUGUGCCGUGGUAUAUGUUGUGUCAGUUGAUGAGGAUGCACUGGUAUCUCUAUCUUCCUUGUUGUUUUCAUAGUGAAAAAUAUUUGGACUAUAUGUGUAAAUGAUUGAGUAUAUAUGAGGGAUAAAAUAUGUCUUUGAUACAUGAUUUCUAAUAGCAUAUGAAAUCUACAUGGUAUCUCUUUACAAAAAAGUUCAGUUAGAUGCUCCUUUAAAACUCUUUUGGAU